AUGUCGGAAACGAGGCUCGACCAGAUCGUCAAGGGCGCACCACAAGGCGACGCGCCCUCAGCGGAUACGACAACCUCUUCUGGAGUCGCUGACCCUCUCGCACAUCUACCGUCUUCUCCUCCACAGAUAUACCUAAACCUUCUUAUCCUCGAAGCGUCAUUGCGCGCACAAUACCUCGAGCUUCGCGCACGGCGGCGACAACACACGUUUUUUCUGACCCUCCUCGCACUUUGGACGGGAUACUUUUCUUACGCCUUGUUUCUGGCGCCUAGAGAAGAUGGGAGUGGUGUCGGAGGCUCUGUAUAUUGGGUGGUAGAGGUGGCGGAGAAGGUCUGCUUGAUGGGUGGCGUUGUUACUGCAGUGCUGGUUUGGGGAACAGGACAGUGGGAGCGAGGAAUUCGAUGGCCGCGCCGAUGGGUUGGAGUCACAAACCGCGGCCUCAGAGGGUUCAAUUACAAGAUCGUUGUGGUCAAGGGGCCCUGGUGGAAAGAAUGGGUGUCAACCUUUUCAUUCUUCUUUUCCUCCGGCCUCUUACUCAACAACGGCUCCUCUACAUAUCGUUACAUACCGCCCUCCAUAUCCAACCCGACCCCGCAAUCAAACCGCAAUUCUACCAGCGGCCUACCAAAAAUUGCCGAGCAUGUCCCAUCAAAAGGGCACGAAGAAGAUCUCUCGCCCGGCGGCGACACCAUAUCGUUAUUACUGCUACCCAAGCCAUUCUCCCCCACCUUCCGCGAAAACUGGGACCUCUAUCGCACCGAAUACUGGGAGCGCGAGAACGAGCGCCGGCGAGUCCUCCUCCAAAAGCUCCGCAAGUACGAGCGUGAGCAUGCCAAGAAACUAAGUUGGUGGAAGAAAUUACUCGGGGCGCAACCGGUUUUGACGGCGAAGGAUAUCGAGAAGCACGGCCAUCACCAUAAUCAGAGCGUUCAUAGAACGGGUCACCUAGGCUUACCAGCGGACAAGGAGAAGAGGCUUCGAAGCGGAAGCGUGCGGUCUGGGAGCCAUUCGAGGACGAACUCGAAGAGUAACACUCCUACACCAAGUGUUAGAGGAGAAGAUGAGGGCGGUGGAAGUAACACCCAUAGCCGUCGCAGCAGCACAGCCUCGUCAACAGCGGGCAGGAAGAAGAGGCCCAGCAGCAACUUAAGCUCGUCUACCGCCACGACUACACGGGGUCCAAGGGAACUAUGGCCAGCGACUAGCGUCGGCUCGUUAUCCGCCGCGAGCGCUAGUGAAAAGGAGGAGUCGAGGAGCACUACGCCAGAACUUGCGAAGAGGGAAAUACACCCAACAAGCAGUUUUACGAGUGAUGCGAGCGUGGAGAGUGGUGAUGGGGAGGCCAAGGAGAAAGAGGUGGAGCCGCGAAGGGUGACCAGUAGGGCUAAACCGCAGGACAAUGCGGAGGGCGAAGCCAUAUAUGUUAAAACUGAGAUAUGA